ACCAACCUUCAUUGCCACAACACUUGCAACAUAAUCUUCAAACUCAAACUAACUACUAAUUAUCCUUCUUUGAAAAUGCCGAUCCCAGUUAUUGACUUUUCGAAACUUGAUGGUGAAGAGCGAGCAAAGACAAUGGCUCAAAUAGCUAAUGGAUGUGAAGAAUGGGGAUUCUUCCAGUUGGUGAACCAUGGGAUUCCAGUGGAGCUCCUUGAGAAGGUGAAGAAGGUGAGUAAUGAGUGCUAUAAGAUGGAGAGGGAACAAGACUUCUUCAAGAACUCAACGCCCGUGAAGCUGUUGAAGGAAUUACUCGACCAGAAAACUGGAGGGAAGGUGGAAAAUCAAGAUUGGGAAGAUGUUUUCCUUCUCGCGGAUGAUAAUGAAUGGCCACCAAAGACUCCGGGGUUCAAGGAAACCAUGACAGAAUACCGAGCUGAACUAAAGAAGCUAGCCGAGAAGCUGAUGGAAAUAAUGGACGAGAACUUGGGCUUACCAAAGGGGUACAUUAAGAAAGCGUUCAACGGCGGAGAGGAAGAAAAAGCGUUCUUUGGAACAAAAGUCAGCCACUAUCCACCAUGUUCUCAUCCCGAGAUGGUGACUGGUCUUCGCGCUCACACUGACGCUGGAGGCGUCAUCCUUCUUUUCCAGGAUGACGUGGUUGGAGGUCUUGAGGUUCUCAAGGAUGAUAAAUGGACCGACGUCCAACCAAUUCCUAAUUCCAUUGUCAUCAAUACUGGUGAUCAAAUAGAAGUACUAAGUAAUGGGAGAUACAAGAGUGCUUGGCACCGCGUUCACGCUAUGCCUAAUGGAACUAGGAGAUCAAUAGCCUCGUUCUAUAACCCGUCUUUUAAUGCUACCAUAGAACCUGCCACUUGUCUAGUCGGAAAGGAAAACAAAGAGGCUAACCAAGUUGGCUACCCCAAGUUCGUGUUUGGUGACUACAUGUCGGUAUAUACUGAACAAAAGUUCCUCCCGAAGGAACCAAGAUUUGAAGCUGUGAAAGCCGUGUAACGAACAUAUAAGUAUAACUGUCCACAAAGAGGCGGGUCACAAAGUGAUUCAAUGGUUUCUAUGAUUUAUGUUUAUGAUUAUGAGUGAUUGUAAGUUUUAAACCAAGUGGCACAAAAAAAAAAUGCUAUCUUGGGUUUGUCCUUCUGCUGCUAUAUUUACGCAGAUUGUGCACAAAUUAAAGCUUUAUUGUUUUUGAUGUUUUUA